AUGUCACACAACAUCAUUCGACUUCAGGUUCAUCUAUCAGAUAAUCAAAUGAUAUAUUUUGUUGAAGGUAAAGAACAGGCAGCCUUAGACCGUGCAGCACAGCGUGACACUCAUCUAACUGCAUGGUUUAAAUUAAAUUCUGAAAAUGAACAAGCUGGACAAUAUCCGUAUGUUGAAAUUCCUCACCGCUUUGUUUUUCAUAGCGAACAUUGUAAAUGGAAAGUUAGGCAAAGAGGUAGCAAUAAGGUGAUUGUUAGAAUGUAUAAAGUAAGUCCAAUAGGUGAAUUAUUUUACCUUAGAAUGUUACUUUUGCAUGUUAGAGCUGAAGUUUCUUUAGAAGAUUUGCGUACUGUUAAUGGUACAGUUUUUAAUACAUUCCGUUCUCAGUUUUUAAUACAUUCCGUUCUCAGUUUUUAA